AUGGCUGAUCCCGUAGCAGAAGAACAUGCAUCCCAAGUUAGUGAACUCUGCUGUGAAUGUGGUCAGUUCCACCUCUUGCUGGACAAUCACCUCUACAACUUCCAGGAUGAAGUGGACGAUGAACUCAUCUGCCAUAUCUGCCUUCAGCCUCUGCUCCAACCUAUGGAUACCCCCUGUGGACAUACAUACUGUUUCAAGUGCCUUGAAAACUUCAUGCAGGAGUAUAACUUUUGUCCUAUGGAUCGGAAAAAGCUCUCUUUCCAGCAGUGCCACAAGUCCAGCCUUCUAGUACGAAACCUGUUGGAUAAGCUGAUUGUCUUCUGUCCUUUCAAGGCAGAAUGUCAGCAGACAAUGCAGCGGUGUGAACUAGAAGCUCAUCUGCAGAACAGGUGUCCUGGUUUCAAGAAAUACAAAUCUGAACUACAGCGGAAAAAAAAUCCCAUUUCCAAAGGGAAGGAAGAUCCUCCUACCAAGGUGGAGACAAACACACCCAAGGAUCCAGAGGUACCAAGUGGAGGAUCGUCACUUGUGGCAGAAAGCUCUGCAGCUGCUGUGGUGUCGCUAGGGACUGCAGAGCCUGGACUGGUUAAUCCAGCUUUUGAGGAGACUGAAGAAGAUCUUCCUCAGAGAACUAGUCUUGUGGCUGAAACGACCACAAUUGAAAUUCACCGAGAAGACCCGGAGGAAGAGCUGGGGAUGAGGAUAGUUGGGGGUAAAGACACCCCGCUAGGAAACAUUGUUGUUCAGGAAGUUUUGCGGGAUUCUGUCAUUGCUGCAGAUGGAAGAAUAGCACCUGGAGACCAUAUUCUUGAGGUGAAUGGCGUCAACAUCAGCAGUGUGACUCACUGCCAAGCUGUCUCCUUCCUGCGCCACCCAGGUCCUGUUCUCCACCUCAUGGUCCUGCAGGAGAAGGGUUUUUCCAAUAAGACUGCACAGCAGGAUUCCACUUCUGCUACAAAUCGGGAAGUGAUCCACGUUACCUUGAUAAAGAGAGACCGAUCCGAACCGUUGGGAAUCAAACUGAUCAGGAAGACAGAUGAAGCAGGGAUUUUUAUUCUAGAUCUGUUAGAGGGAGGUUUGGCAGCCAAAAAUGGAAAGCUGAGUCGGAAUGACAGAGUCCUGUCAAUAAAUGGCCAGGAUUUGAGGCAAGGAACACCUGAGGCCGCUGCGCAGAUAAUCCAGACCACUGAAUCAAGAGUGAACUUUGUCGUCUUGAGGCAGCUAGGCGUACAGCUGUCGGAGCCGGUAGAAGAUGGCAGCACAUCAAACAGCAGCAGCAGCAGCAAUGGAGGAAGCCCGGUGCACCAUCGGAGACGACUAGACCAGAAUCACUAUAGACGAAAAUCUAACUACCAGAAGGAUUUACCUCAGGGAUACGCAAGUCACGAAAAGACAGUUGCAAUAAAAAAGGAACCAAAGGAAUCUUUAGGAAUAACAAUUGGAGGUGGAAGGGAUAACAAAAACAAGCUCCCUAUAUAUGUAACGAGUGUGCAGCCCAUCGGAUGCCUCUUCAGGGAUGGCAGAAUCAAGCGAGGAGAUGUACUUUUGAGCAUAAAUGGCAUUGAUUUGACUCAUCUGAACUACUAUGAAGCUGUCUCAGCACUGAAAUCUAAUGCAGCUUCUCACUCAGUCAUACUGAAAGCCUUGGAAAUAAUUUCAUUGAACUCGACAGAGCCAUCUCUGGACAUCAAGGAGCAAGGAUUCAGCUGGUCUCCCCUCUGGAUCACAUGGCUUGGAUUGCCUAGCUACCUUCACUGCUGUCAAGAUAUUGUCCUUAGUAAAGGUAACCUGGAAAGCUGGGGCUUCAGCAUUGUUGGAGGCUUUGAGGAAAGCAAAGGAAACCAGCCAUUCUUCAUCAAAACCAUAGUGCCUGGGACUCCCGCCUUCCGAGACAGGAAACUGAAGUGUGGAGAUGAAAUAGUGGCAGUAAACGGAGUGCCAGCAAUAGGAAUGAGCAACUCGGAACUAAUCCCAAUGCUGAAGGAGCAAAGGAACAAAGUCACGCUUACUGUGGUGUCCUGGCCGGGAAGCCUCGUGUGAAAGCUCAAACAAAACACACAACAGUUUCAG